AUGGACCCGGGUACCAUGGAAGUGCGCCAAAGGGUCCGCCUUUUGGAAGAGGAGUGGGCUCGCCAACAUGAAAAGUGCAUCGAGGAUGCAGGGCGCAAGUACAAGGACUCAAUGCCGUCGCUUGGUGGAGAGAUUACUGGUCAUCCACUGGGCAAUAAUACAACCAUUUACCGAGACGAUUAUGAGUCCUUAAUAAUUUACCAAGGAUUUCCACGUUACUGGUGGAGGCAACUUGCAGUAGAUCCAGAUAAAGUAGUUUGGAUGAAGUCCGAAGAGGUGAUCCACGUGACAACACGAAAGGCGUGGGAACAAGUCAUGAGGUUUCGUCGUGACUUUCUGGCGGAGAGGGAUCAGUUGGACUGGCACCAGCGCUUGGGUCUUGAUAUUUUACUCGGACCAUUCGAACGACCGCAGAGAAGAUACAACGAGCGACGUCCGCGUAUUGUCUCGGGUAGGGAGGUCGAGCCGCCACGUAUCAUCCUGGCACCAGUGGUCGAUGCUAAUGCAUCAAAGAAGUAUCCCACCAAGAUACCAAAGCCCGUCUCGGGAACGACACGCCAAUAUGAGCACUGGAGGGUGAGAAGCGACCGAAAUCUGUGGAACUACUUGCGCGCGCAGCGCAGACUCAGCCGGAUUGACCCAACGCUGGUACUCAAAGUCACUGCUCUCGAAUUUCUCAAGUGGUCAAUAAGAAGGGAUGAUCCACUUCUUGAAGAAUUCGAUUACCGCUGCCCUUUGAGUUUGUUUGAGAACGAGACGGAAGCUGCUAGAGCUCAACCUUCGUUUCGCCAGUUGCUCAAAACCAGGCGUGCUUUGCCACCACUACGACGCCGUCGGAGGCCGAGGAGGCAAUUCUAUGCGCGGUCUACCAUGUUUCCUCCAGAGCCAGACUCGGUAACAGACUGCAGCUUUGCUUCUUCAAGCUCUCCGAGUGAGACUGAGGAUGUCACCUGUGAUGACUGGUGGUUGGAUUGA